AUGCACGAGUUGCUCCUCUAUGGCCAAGUGUCGGCCGCGCGCCAUGAUCAGGUCCUGAAGAUUCUCGCGGGGUUUGCUGCUAUGCAGCCCCGCCGUAUACUCCAGCGGCGCAUCAUCUACAAGCCUGAGCGCGAGCCUGAAGAGCCUGGUUCUCACUUGCGCCGCGGUGGUACUCAGGCCGUUGCUGUGAAGCAGAAGCUACAGGCUACCACGCCUACACAGCUCUACUAUACCCACUUGGUGCAGAAACUCUCAGAAGAGGACUUUGGGCAAGGUGAUAGUAAAACAAGUGACACUUUGUCUGCCGAUGUGGACUUUGAGGGCGGCGAAGAGCCACGAUGGUCGACCUUGUUCGAGGAUAUACCAGACACUGGGGAUAGAGGGGUAUCGAUACGCUUCACCAACAACACUGAUCUCAUUGGGGGAGAUCCUCAUACCUUCAUGACUACCUCUGGACCGAACCGCUUUGUUACAGAGUACUACAUCGAGGGACACCGCUUCGUCCAUGGCAACGUCGUAAUUUUCCUCCACCGCAUCCUCCACGAGCCCGGCGUCCGGAACCUGCAAACAGAACCGAAGGUCAACCCCCCAGCAUUUGAAGCCCUGCAGCUUCUAGAUCAGAGCGGCACUUAUAUACUUGAGGCAAAAGUGCGCGUGCAAGACUUCAAAGAUGCAUCUGUGUUGGAGUCUGGUGUCAACGAGCUGAAGGGGUUCCAGAUAUCAAUGAGGGGUUGCGUAGAACUGUCAUUGCCUGACCGCCUCACCAUGGACACACGGGUCAAGUACACGCCGCCACCAGGAGUUGUCACGAAGGCGCAGGUACAAGCACAGGCGCAAGUGCAAGGUCAACAGAACAAUCGUUGA